CAUUGCGAAACAUUUUGUGAUAUUCGUAUGACUAAAAGUCAUUUGUGUAUGUUUGGUAUUUAUCGUCAGCUAUAUAUAAAGAUUAUAUAUCUACAUGUAUGUAAAGCAAUUUCUGUUUCGUACGGGAUUAACACGUUAUUGAUAGAGCUAUACCAUUUUCAAACCAGGACAUACGCAUAAUUUGGAAAUAGAUCUACCUAAUCGGACAUUAAUAAAAUUUCAGUCAUGAAGUGUUUUCUAUCAAUAAGUGUGAUUUUAUUGUUAAGUCUAGAUCUUGCCGGUGCUAUAUUAUACUACUACAUGGACGACAAUUGUAAUGGCGUUGUGGACAUCUCUUUCAUAGAUCAAAUACGACUGCAGCUAACACGACGCAGUUCAUACAGGGCAAAUAUGAACUGUAAACUACUUAUUACUGCCAACACAACAGAUCGUUUGAUGCUUUUCUUUAAGGACUUUGAUGUCGAAACAAGUGCUUCAUGUAACCUUGAUUAUCUUGAAGUUCAUGAUGGCAACAGUAUUAACUCACCGUUUGUACCAGGACUUUCAAAGAGGCAAUGUGGAAGUUACAUGAGUAGCACUGUGAGAAAAACAAGUGGCAAUGAUCUUUUCCUCUACUUUAAAAGUGACAGCUCUUGGCAGGAGAGAGGGUUUGACAUGAUCAUCACCCAGUAUCACACCGGUAUGUGUCAAGAGGAUGAGUUCUCGUGCAGUAAUGGACGCUGCGUCUCUUCCGGUUUGGUGUGUAACGGGUACAAUCCAUGCGGGGAUUAUUCCGACUGUGCCAGUGAGCUUGCCGCCGGAGUCAUUGCUGGUAUUGUCGUCGGAUCCUUCGUCUUUGUCAUCUGUGUAAUGUGUUUGAUAUUGUGUCGCGUUCGAGUCGUCCGCCGACGACGACGUCAAUAUGACGGGUUACAUCAACCAGUAAACGUUGUAGCAACGACAACUUAUGGAUCAGACUACAACCAGCCAGUACCCCAGCAAUACCCAUCCAUGCCAUAUCCAACCGGGCAGCAGUACCCUAACUCACAAUAUCCAAAUCAAACGUAUCCAAAUUAAACAUUACAGUGUCAUUACAGAAAGACAAAUUAAGAAUUUUGUUUCUACUUUAUCAUGGACUUUUUUGUCAUGGAAUAAUUGUGUGAAUUUUGCACAUAGAUCGACCUGAAACAUUCAGCAGAACAUUCAAACUUUAGCGAAUGUCGAUAUGGCAGGACACUCAGCACAUAAUACAUGCAGCUUUAGUUCGAGAACAUUACAUUUAAGAACUAAAUUGUUAAAACAUUUUGUAACUUACUUAUAAACUGAAAAAUUACAUGUUUGUAACAUAAUAAUUGUUUUCUGAUAUAUGUAUGAUGUGAGUUUUGUGUAUAUAUGGAUAUUAUUGCUUGUCGAAACUAUGAAAUUAUAUUGAAUUG